AUAUAAGAGAGUCUCCCUAAAUAUUUUUUUAUUUAGAGAUAAAGUUCCGGUAGUGCUCUUGUGCUUGUACCCACUCCCAAUUCAAACGUUACCCAUACGUCAAAAAAAACUAGGGUUAUGUAUCGCGCUGGAACACGAACUUUCCCAAUCAAACGAAAAUAAAGUUAAGUAACAUGACGAAAAUCUAAUUUAAAAAAUAAUGUGAGAAAACCACACGAUGGCCCCAGCGUUCCGAUACAUCAACAAAUUAACGGGGCGUUUUGCCACCUCGAAGCAUUUACAAUUCAUCCAGCAAAAAUAUCCUGUAAGUCAACGUAAGCAGUAUUCCAGGGGUGUUUUGCAGGUCCAGCACAAACCCAACGAAUCUUAUUUAAUCGAUAACGUUGCGGCGGAUAAUAGAGAACAUGCCGGUGAUAUUGUCACGAAAAUCAAACUUGACCCGUUAGUAUUGCAGGAGAAAUUGAAUGUGACAAACUCGCCUGCUGCACCAAAAGACAAUGUCGUCUUAACUAGUGAUUCAGCUCCUGAACCGAGUGGUAGGCCCUCUCCUGAGAAGUUGCUGCAUGUAUACAACAUUUUAGCAGACUCCUUACCAAACCUGUUUAUCAAACCUCUGGAUUACACUAUAUACCAUCCAAAUAUGGUGUUCGAAGAUAAUAUAAGAAAUGUAAAAACAGUAGGACUGCUCCCUUAUGUGAAACAAGUGGCGCUGCUAAGAACCAUAGGGCAUAUCAAGUUUGCUUUUGUAAAGUUCGAUGUUUUAAAAAUCACCCAGCAUCCAGAAGAUGGAACAGUGAGGGUGCGGUGGAGGAUAAGGGGCCUAAAAGCCCUAAAAGUGAUGUUACAAUUUUGGAAAUAUAAAUUGUGGAAUUGGAAAGGGAUGUUGGAUCAGUGCGAGGACUGGUACGAUGGUUAUUCCACUUUUGUUGUUAAUUCUGAUGGCUUAGUUGUAAGGCAUGUGGCAGAUAAGAUGAUGCCCGAUUCAGAUAAUGUUAGUAUUUCAAAUAAUGGAGAUUUGACCAAUGCCAAGCUGGCAUUAAUGAUUGCCGUUAUACCAAGAAUGUCAGAUGUGGUACAGUUUAUGUAAAUAUUUAUCUGGUAGGAGAUUUGUUAAUUUGCAAAAGCUAUUUAGCAUUCACCUCAGGUUCACAAAUAGUUUUCAAAUAAUUCAUUCUGUUGUAUUCUCUCUAUUUUUAAGCUAUUUAAAUGUUAUUUGUUGAUUGGGUGAUGUAGUUAAAUAAACCUGAAAGUUUUGAUUC